UUGCUAAGAAUGAAUCUAGUCAAGGGAGGAGAGAAGGAAGCCUUACAGUCCAAAGGAUUGGGGCAUCAACCAGAGCCACUCUUCAAUUCACGCCAUUUCCUUGGGUUUGUCGCUUGACUAAUAAGGCGGAUAAAUAACUGUUGUCCUAGUUAUGAAGGUCAAUAGCCUAUUCGGCGUGCUUGGGUUCAUCCUGGCCUUAUUUUUAGAUUCUGUGUGGGGUGCCAUUGAUUGUUUCACUUGUUCGUCGCGUAACGGAUCGAAUCCUCAUUGCGAUGACCCGAUGUCUCCAGCAUUCAUUCCAUUGGACAAGCGGUGUGUGGUGCCCAAAGAAAACCACGUCGGCAUGUUUCCCGGCAAUUUUUGCAUCAAGCUCACCGGGACUUCGUACGCCACCCAAGAGACCUUGGUAGUGCGGACUUGCUCCUUGGAGGACAUGAAUUCCCAAUGUGGAACACUGAAAUUCCAAGAAGACGUUCUCAAAGGUUGCCUACUCACUUGCAAUUUCGAUGGUUGUAAUCGAGCUGGAAGCAUGACUGGGAACACCACUUUCAUGAGACUCUUGGGACCGAUUCUCCUUGGUGUGAUCACGUCUCAGUUGCAAUGAAUUGGUGCACAUACAUACACACACACACACACUCAUCAUAUUCCACGAAAAUCCUACACCCGAACUGAAUGGAUGAAACCAGAAAUAAUUGUGUACAGUGUUUACCUUUAUUGGUUGAUCUAUUGAUCGUCAUGGUGAAGUACUUAAAUAAAUUCACACCAGAAAA